AUCAAGCACCUAGGCAUGCAGACUGCUUCUACAAACAUUUGUGAAAGAAUGGGUCGCUCUCAGGAGCUCAGUGAAUUCAAGCGUGGUACCAUGAUAGGUUGCCACCUGUGCAAUAAGUCCAUCCAUGAAAUUUCCUUGCUACUAAAUAUUCCACCGUCAACUGUUAGUGGUAUUAUAACAAAGUGGGAGCAACUGGGAAUAACAACAACUGAGCUACAAAGUGGUAGGCCACGUAAAAUGACAGAGCGGGGUCAGCACAUGCAGAAGCACACAGUGCGCAGAAGUCACCAACUGUCUGCAGAGAAAGUAGCUAAAGACCUCCAAACUUUAACUUCGUGUGGCCUCAGAUCAGCACAACAACAGAGCGUAGAGAACUUCAUGGAAUGGGUUUCCAUGGCUGAGCAGCUGCAUCCAAGCCUUAUAUCACCAAGUACAAUGCAAAGUAUCGGAUGCAGUGGUGUAAAGCACGCCGCCACUGGACUCUAGACCAGUACUUGCCUGACUACAUUGUGCCAAGUGUAAUGUUU